CAAAACAAACACCUAACCUCAUUCUUUAGUACAAUGAUAGAAUUUUUGAGAGAAGAAUUUACGAAACUUGGGUGUCAGAAUCCGAAAUCAACUUCUAUUGCCAUUCAAGUAUAUUUGGAAUUAUGUGAAGUGAAGAGAUACUGGGAUGUGAAGUAUUUUUACAAUGAAAAUCUGGACAGCUUAUACUUCUCGGCAAAACCAACUAAAGACGAGGAGGAAUGCAUUUUUUUCCCAAUUGAAGUUUCACGCACAGUCUCUUUAAAGUACCUGCAAGACUUGUUUCAACUGUGCAAAAAUCCGGAGCACAAAUUGAUUGUGGUAUUGGUCAAUUCGGAUUCCACCUCCGUUUACUACCAAAUUUAUAAUGGUCUCAUGCAGCCGGUGGAGGAUUCGAAAAACGUUCAUCAGGAGACGUCGAGAAGGAUCGAUUCGAAUUUAAGGAGGCACAGGGAUGCAAUCGAGCAGGCGGCUAUAUGCGGUAUAUCGUUGACUUUACCCACAACUUCAAAGGGUGAAGGUACAUAGCAGUCGCUAUGUGGUAAUACUAUAUUUUUUGUUUU